AUUGCUGCAAAUAUCUAUAGAAGAUCGAGUUACAAUACGCCCCAUCUUUAAGCCCAGUCUAUGGGCCGUUAUAACCGGAGGAGAACAGGACGUGUAUCUGCCGUCUGACAAGGGUCAACGCCUAUGCCUUGACUAAAGGAAGAGUGACACUCAGGUUCUUGAGCACCUAUCACAUCUACCAGGAAUAACAUGAUUGAGACAAUGGAUACCCAACGUGCCUUGCAGGCAGUGGAGCGUCUCCAGGCCAAGCUGAAGGAGCGGGGGGAGGUCCCCACAGAGGAGAAGCUCAGCCUGCUUAAGUCUGUUCUUCAAAGCCCCCUGUUUCACCAGAUCCUGGCACUCCAGAAGUCUGUCCAGCACCUCAAAGAACAGGGUGGUGUCACAGCAACUGUUGGUGGUGAUCUGAGUGAAUCCCACACGACCGCCCAGGGCAUCGGUGACCGCAUUGCCUACUCAGAAGCCUCAGCUGGUACACAGAUCAAUGGGAAGCUGUCGCCUGAGGAGUUUGAGCACGUUAUCCGCUCCAUGGCCCAGGGGCGCUACGUGACGCACGUUGAGCUGGUGAAGCCGCUGUCUGGGGGCCUAGGCUUCAGCGUGCUCGGCCUCAGGAGCGAACACCGCGGGGAGCUGGGCAUUUUCGUCCAGGAGAUCCAGCCAGGCAGCGUGGCCCACUGCGACGGGAAGCUGAAAGAGGCAGACCAGCUCUUGGCCAUAAACGGUCAGCCCUUGGACCAGACGGUGACCCACCAGCAAGCCAUAGGCAUCCUGCAGAGAGCAUCUGAGCGUGUGCGGCUGGCGGUGGCCAGAGGACCCAUUCCACAGCUGGCCAGCCCGGUGGUGUCCCGCACGCCGUCUGCCGCCAGCACCCUGUCUGCCCACUCAAGCGCGGCCCACUGGAAUCACGUGGAGACCAUAGAGCUGGUCAACGAUGGGACAGGACUGGGCUUUGGAAUUGUGGGAGGAAAGACCACCGGUGUCAUUGUUAAGACCAUCCUGCCUGGAGGCAUCGCUGAUCAGGAUGGGCGUCUGCGCAGUGGGGACCACAUCCUCAAGAUUGGGGAUACCGACCUUUAUGGCAUGGGAAGUGAGCAUGUGGCCCAGGUCUUGCGGCAGUGUGGAAACAGAGUGAAGCUGGUCGUCACCAGAGGCCCUCCAGAGGAGACCUCCAUCAUCCCAAUGACCCUGGCCACCGUCACAGAGCACCAGGGCUACGAGGAAGAGGAGGCCGAAGCGUUUGACGUAGGGCUGACCAAGAACGCACAGGGUCUGGGAAUAACCAUCGCCGGCUAUGUGGGGGACAAGAACUCAGAGCCCUCUGGUAUUUUUGUGAAAAGUAUAACUAAAGACAGCGCGGUUGAGCAAGAUGGCCGAAUCCAUGUCGGGGACCAAAUCAUAGCCGUGGACGGCAUGAACAUCCAGGGCUACACCAACCAGCAAGCAGUGGAGGUGCUGAGACACACAGGCCAGACAGUUCACCUGAAGCUGGUGCGAAGGGGCUUCCGUCCAGAGGACAUCCCGCCCGCCGUGGUUCCCAGUGUGACCGCGCCCCCACCGAACCCGCCUGUGAAAGAGACAACAGCGGAGGGAACCGAUGCCGUGGACACCACGGCUCCAGGGGAGCGCCUGUGCCAGGCAGCCAGUGGGGAAUCAGAUGUCAGCGCAGUGACGGAUCAGCUACCUGAGAUCCCCAGGGACGGACCAAAGCUAACGGAGGAUGAAGAGUUGAAGCUAAUGAACAAGUGGCAGGAGACUCUGGGUCCCAGAAAUGAAGUAGUGGUGGCCCAGGUAGAGAAGUUUAGUGAGAGCAGCGGUCUGGGCAUCAGUCUAGAGGCCAACAAUGGACACCACUACAUCCGCUCUGUCCUGCCGGAGGGGCCUGUUGGACGCUGCGGGAAACUCUUCAGUGGGGAUGAACUGCUGGAGGUAAAUGGAAUUUCCCUGAUUGGCGAUACCCACAAGGAAGUAGUGAGCAUUCUGAAGGAGCUGCCGGUCUGCGUCUACAUGGCCUGCUGUAGGCCCGCUCCCCUCCUACAGAGUGACAGCAAUUCUGGCCAAGCAGGCUUGGAAGGAGUUGCAGCAGAACCAAAUACAACGAUACAAGGAGACCUCAGCAGUUUCCUGGUUCCCGAAGGUUCUGAAGAGGCUGUGGCAAGAGAUAAUGUGACGGAAGAGACGCUGGGAUCUCUUUUGGCCAUGUGGGAGACAGAGAUACAGGACAUCGAGCUGGAGAAGGGAGAGAGUGGACUGGGAUUCAGCAUCCUGGAUUACCAGGACCCAAUGGACCCAUCCAAGACGGUGAUCGUGAUUCGCUCCCUGGUGCCUGGAGGAGUGGCGGAACAGGACGGCAGGCUGUUGCCAGGCGACCGGCUCAUGUUUGUCAACAGCACCAACCUGGACAACGCCAGCCUGGAGGAAGCUGUCCAAGCAUUGAAGGGAGCCAAUAUCGGCAAGGUUCACAUCGGGGUGGCCAAGCCACUGCCUCCUUACACUGAAGAGGGCAGUACGACAUCAUCCCCUGGAUUCCGUUCUUUAAUCUUCAACUCUUUGCUGGUUAAAGACAGAGAGGAGGAGGAGCCAGCGGAAGGCCUCCUUUUCUGGGCAGAGCCUGCAUUGAUUGACUCCAACGAGGCGGACCUGAGCGAUGAUAGGGCGCUGGAGCCUUCUUUCUCUGGUGAGGAGGACGACACCUUCCAGGCUUCCAUGAUCGCCCUCCAUGGGAGCACCUGCAGCGACGACCUGGACUUCCAGAUGACACUGCAGUCAUCCACACCCAAGCGGAGCGCUCGUCUGGAAGUGUUGUCCGAGCAUCCCUGCGAUGCGAUGUCUUCCGGACUGGCGGACGACACCGAGCCCUUCUCCCCGGAGGAGAGGCCCAUUGCUUUCCCGCCGCACAGGAGCAUCGGAGGUCAAGCCCUAGCGAUUGACGUCAGCGCAGUAGUUAGCUCGGAUCCGUGCCUGCCUACCCAGAGGGAGCCCUCGGAUGUGUGGGCUCCAUCCAGCCACAACCCUGAUCCUCAGUCUGGUUUAAAUGACACGGGCGAGCCAGGGAAGUCACUUCAUUGUCAGGUGGAGCCCACCAUGGCCGUUGGGGAUACUGUGGAUAUGGAAUGCUUAAUGAAGGGGUGUGAGUCAUCUGUCAAGCCAUCCAGAGAGGAAGAAGACAUGGUUCUAACUACUGGGAGUAAUUUUGAAAGGACAAUAACCGUUGUGAAAGGCAACUCCAGUCUGGGGAUGACGGUCAGCGCCAUUAAGGAUGGCCUGGGGAUGCACAUCCGCAGCAUCAUUCACGGAGGCUCCAUCAGCCGAGACGGCCGCCUGGGCGUGGGUGACCUCAUACUAGCCAUCAACGGCGAGCCCACGGCCAACCUAACCAACGCCCAGGCGCGCGCCAUGCUUCGGAGACACUCCCUGAUCGGUCCAGACAUGGGAUCUGCUUGUACACCAGAGGACGAUCUGUGCCCCUUCUAUGUCAUUACCUAUGUCCCUGCCGAGUAUUUGGAAGAAUACAAGACUGUCUUGGAGCAGCCUAAAGAUGGCGCCUUCUCUGAUGCACCUCUGGCACUAAAAAGAGAAAUGGCAGAGCUCCCUGAGCGGGAGGAUGGAGAGGGAGAGGAGAGUGAGUUACAGAAUGCCAUCUUCAGUAACUGGAACCAGCCCAGAAAGGUGGAGCUCAAAAGAGAACCGGGCAAGUCCCUUGGCAUCAGCAUCGUGGGGGGCAGAGGGAUGGGCAGUCGGCUUAGCAAUGGCGAGGUGAUGCGAGGCAUCUUCAUCAAACACAUCCUGGAGGAUAGCCCCGCUGGCCACAACGGAACCCUGAAGACUGGAGACAGGAUCGUCGAGGUGGACGGUGUGGACCUGAGGGAUGCCAGUCACGAGCAGGCUGUGGAGGCCAUUCGCAGGGCAGGAAACCCUGUAGUGUUUCUGGUCCAGAGUAUCGUCCACAGGCCCAGGCCCCAGUCCCGCUAUAGCCCCGCUUCAUCACCAGUCAUAGAGAAGUACUGCACCGCUUUAAAACGCUUGCCUCACCACGCGUGCCAGAAGGCGCCCCUACCCUUUCUGCUGCAGCUAAACACCUUACCUGGGUCCAUCCUACCACCCACUAAUCUCACCCUCACCUGCUUAUCUCCUGCCCCUCCACCUGAGUCCUCAACCACGGACACCAACGAGGAGAGAGCUGCUGCCGUGACGCGUUGCGGUAGCGACAAGGAUGUUCAGGGUCACAGUAGACUUUUCCUACGCCUCUCCCCAACUAACCCUUUCACCCCUACUCCGUUUAAGUGCUUGCUUCACAAGCCACCAAAAUUAGAAGCAGGAAAGGCAUCCUCCCCCACUCCUCACCUGUCUCUUCCUGUGGUUCCCCUCGUUGGAGAGACCGACACGGAUACCCUGAUGGAGAUUCCUGAUAGACUGGCCCGGACGGAUUUGGAGGAUGAGUUUGGCUACGGUUGGAAUAAGAUCAUGCAGCGCUAUGGGAGCCUCCCGGGGCUUCUGCACAUGAUUGAGCUGGAGAAGGGGAAAACUGGCCUGGGCCUUAGCCUGGCUGGCAACCGUGACCGCUCUCGAAUGAGCGUGUUUGUUGUCGGGAUCGACCCCAGCGGAGCCGCCGGCAAAGAUGGACGUAUUGUGGUCGGGGAUGAACUGUUGGAGAUCAAUGGACAGAUUCUGUAUGGACGGAGUCACCAGAAUGCCUCCUCCAUCAUCAAAAGUGCCCCGUCAAAGGUCAAGAUCAUUUUCAUCAGGAACACAGAUGCUCUCCAGCAGAUGGCCGUGGGGCCAGUGAGAGAGCCCGGAGACACCCUGGAGCCACAGACAAAGCUGGGGACCUGUUCUGCGGUGGUGCCCUCGACGAUCGAUGUGGACGUGUUCAAAUAUGUACGGCACGUCAUUCUGCCAAAGGAGGGUGGAUUUGGCAUCACGUUCAGUGAGGAAGACACAAUGAAUGGGGUCGUGAUUCUGAGUAUAUCUGAAAAAGGACCAGCAGGAAAGGACGGCAGCAUAAAAUGUGGAGACAAACUCCUGGCUGUGGAAGAUGAGCCAGUGGUGGGCUACACUGUGGAGAAGGUUCACUCUCUGCUGAGGAAGGCCAAAGGCUCAGUGAGAUUAACAAUUUGCACAGACUGUCCUGGUCAGGCCACCAGCCUACCCAGCAUCCCCAGUAUCUCCAUGGCUACCCUGAGCCAGGCUGAGUCAGAGCUAAUCCGGAACUCAAGUCGUUCAUCCACCCCUGGGACCCUGGACUCCUCUGACCCUGUAACCUGUCCCAUCAUCCCCGGCUGUGAGACCACCAUAGACAUCUCCAAAGGCCGCACUGGACUGGGGCUCAGCAUCGUGGGCGGCUGUGACACUUUACUGGGGGCCAUUAUCAUCCACGAGGUCUAUGAGGAGGGGGCUGCAGCCAAGGAUGGGAGGCUUUGGGCCGGCGACCAGAUCCUGGAGGUGAAUGGCAUUGACCUGCGCGUGGCGACCCACGACGAAGCCAUCAACGUGCUGCGGCAGACCCCUCAGCAGGUCCGUCUGAGUGUGUACAGGGACGAGGCCCAGUACAAAGAGGAAGACCUAUGGGACGCCUUCACAGUGGAGCUGCACAAACAGCCUGGCCAAGGCCUUGGCCUCAGCAUCGUAGGGAGAAGGAAGCGAAAAAGGAAGUGUUCUAGAAACAGUACCAAACUGAAGAGUCUGAACUGGAAUGGGAACGACACAGGAGUGUUUGUGUCAGACAUAGUGAAAGGGGGUGUGGUGGAGUGCGACGGGAGGCUGAUGCAGGGAGAUCAGAUUCUGUCCAUCAACCAGGAGGAUGUCAGAAAUGCCACCCAGGAGUCAGUCGCCGCCCUUCUCAAGUGCUCCGUGGGGCCCAUUGUGAUGGAGGUGGGCCGAUUUAAAGCUGGGCCCUUCCACUCAGAGAGGAGGUUCUCACAGAGCAGUCAGAUGAGUGAAACAGCCAGCUGCAAAGUCACCCCUCACUCGCUGUCAGCUUCCUCUGGAAGUCUCCAAGUGGACUGUGACAGCAUACAGCGCAAAAGUCAGGAGUCACUGGACAACCAGGAGAUCAGAACUGUUGAAUUCACUAAGGGCCCCACUGAUUCACUGGGCAUCAGUAUUGCAGGCGGAGUGGGCAGUCCCCUGGGCGACGUGCCCAUCUUCAUUGCCAUGAUGAACCCUACCGGCCUCGCUGCCCAGACAAACAAACUCAAGAUGGGUGACAGGAUGGUCAGUGUUUGUGGGACCUCUACCGAGGGGAUGAGCCACAGCCAGGCCGUUUCCCUGCUGAAGAACGCCACGGGCACCGUCGAGCUGCAGGUGGUGGCCGGGGGGGAUUCCACCGUGACAGGCCCUACUCAGGAGCAGACAGCUGCUGGAAUCCCAGGCCCGGGUCUCGUCGCUAGCAGCAUCUUCCAAGACGACAUGGGUCCUCCUCAGUAUAAAACCAUAACCCUGGACAGAGGACCAGAUGGCCUGGGCUUCAGCAUUGUGGGUGGUUUCGGAAGCCCGCACGGAGACCUGCCCAUUUAUGUGAAAACCGUUUUUGGAAAGGGGGCAGCGUCAGAGGAUGGGCGUCUGAAGCGAGGGGAUCAGAUAAUGGCUGUUAAUGGCCAGAGUCUUGAGGGGGUCACCCACGAAGAGGCCGUAGGCAUCCUGAAGAGGACCAAAGGAACUGUGACCCUGACUGUGCUCUCCUAGACAUACACACUCACGUACACACACACACACACCUGGACCCAGAAACACAUAGACAAACUCUCUUACCUUGAGUUAGAAACACACAUACAUCUUGAUAUACUGUACAUGUAUUGUAAUGUGAACAAUAUCAUAUAUUCCUAAGCAUUUUGCUUGUUUUGUUCUAAUAGCAGGAAACACUGUGAUCCAUAUUUUGGGCAUUUACAAGAAGCUGCUGCAGAUAGACUGAAGUACUCACUGGACAGUGUGGAUCAGAUCCUUUAUACUCUAGUUUUCUAUGCUCAAACAUGGACUGUAUUAUUCUGAUAUUCAGGGUUAAGAACCCUUUCGAGCAAUACCUGAAAAUAUUUCUGUAAAAUAAGGGCCGUUGCUACUGUAAACUGCUGUUAAUCCACUUUUAUAGCGAAGUCACUGUUGUUUUAGUGAACGUAGCAAAGAGACAAUGAAGAAGUCUAUACUCUUCAAAUAACAUUUGAACAACAUCUUAUUUGUUAUGCAAACCACCUUUCCAGAACUAAAAUUGUCCGAAAUGGUGUCUUGGUCAGAGGUCUUGGUCAGAUGUGAUACAGGCCAGGUCCAUCAAUGUGUGCCUGAUCAUGCACUUUGGGAAAGGAGUUUGUGUAUGAGAUGCUUACUCAAAUGUAGUGCUGCUAAAGCAAAUGAUGAUGUCUGGUAUUGCUUCACAGUAUUUUAAAAUAAGUAUUAACAUGUUUUUUUCUUCUCCAUUUUCUGCUACGGUUGCCGUUUAUCAUAAUAUGAUAGUAAUUGAAGAAAACCAGCCAACCUCUCUGGUGUCAGCUGUUUCCUAACAAAGUCCUAGAGCACUACUGGAUGUGCAAGCUUUUCCUCCAACCAACCACAUAACUGUUUCACGUAAUCAACCGUUGACAGACUUUGAUAUGGACCACAAUUAGCCAAAUAAGGUGGUUUAGUGUUCUGUUGAAGCUAAAGCCUGCGCACCCAGUCACUCUCCAGAAAAGGAGAAAAGGAGCUUCCACCAUCAGCUAGAAAUCCAAUGUUUUCUGGCUAAUGCCCCUAGUUAUACAAGAAUUGAUCCCCUAUUUAACAUGGAGUCAGUCACACUCUUAACACUGUACAUGUGUACAUGUGUUAGUCAAGCACAAUAUUGAGUUGUUCCCAGCUGAAUUAAUAAAGUGACCUUCAAACCCCA